AUGAACUUCUCUUCAUACAUCGUCUUGAGCACCCUGGUGGUGGCGGGCGUUGUUGCGCAUGCUUUUGUCGUCCAUGAGCAGUUCUACCCGGCAGUGAUCUACUUGUCCACGGACAAGAUGUGCCUGGCGGUGAUGUACAAUUUUGCGUUCGCGCUCUUCUUGCUGCUGGGAAAGAUUAUCCUAAGAGUCUUCAUCGGCACGUUGCGGGACGUGGAGGUGGAACAGCUGGUCGAUUCAGGAAGGGGCUUUCUGGCAGAUACCAUUCUCUUUCUUGUUUUCUACGCCCCCACGAUCGACAACCGCGAAGUGGGAACUGUCUUCCUGAUUCAAUACAUCUGCUGCGUUAUCUUCAUGAAGGUUUUCCACCUCACGACGCAAAUCCGCGUCUCUCACAUGUUCGAGGUCGGAGUGCCGCGGCUCAUCGUCAACAUCAAGCUGGUCGGACUCAUGGCUUUGCUCCUGGGCUGCGACCUGCUGGCGCUGAGCUACUUCUAUAGCGUGGCGUCCAAGUCCUCCACCUUCUUCACGUGGAUUCUCUUCGAGGCGCUGACGAUGUCCUCUGUCGUGCUGGUCUCCAUGUGCAAGUACUCCAUCCACAUGAUCGAUUUGAGGCUUGAGAAUGGCUGGCCGGCCAAAUCUGUCUGCCUCUUUUAUGUGGACCUAAUCCACGAUGUGGUCUCCAUGACUCUCUUCUUGAUCUUCAUGCUGACCUUCUUCGUGCAGAACCCAUCUCGGCUUCCCAUCUACAUGAUGGCCGACGUGAUCCAGGUGGCUCGGAAGCUGGCGCAGCGCCUCCGCAGUUUCCGCCGGUAUCGGCGGAUUUCGAUGAACAUGGAGCUGUGCUUCCCGGAUGCCACAGAUGCAGAGAUCGAGGAGAACGAGUUCUGCGUCAUCUGCCGCGGUCUCAUGGUCUGCGGAUAG